AUGGCAUUGCUGAAAGUCAAAUUUGACCAGAAGAAGCGGGUGAAGUUGGCCCAAGGGCUCUGGCUCAUGAACUGGCUCUCCGUGUUGGCUGGUAUCAUCAUCUUCGGCUUAGGGCUGUUCCUAAAGAUUGAACUCAGGAAGCGGAGCGAUAUGAUGGACAAUUCCGAGAGCCAUUUUGUGCCCAAUUCCUUGAUAGGGAUGGGGGUGCUGUCUUGUGUCUUCAAUUCUCUGGCGGGCAAGAUCUGCUAUGACGCCUUGGACCCUGCCAAGUAUGCCAAGUGGAAGCCCUGGCUAAAGCCAUACCUGGCCGUGUGUGUCCUCUUCAACAUUGUCCUCUUCCUGGUGGCCCUCUGCUGCUUCCUCCUGCGGGGCUCCCUGGAGAGCACGCUGGCCCACGGGCUCAAGAAUGGCAUGAAGUUCUACCGGGACACAGACACCCCAGGCCGGUGUUUCAUGAAGAAGACCAUCGACAUGCUGCAAAUUGAGUUCAAGUGCUGUGGCAACAACGGCUUUCGGGACUGGUUUGAGAUUCAGUGGAUCAGCAACCGCUAUCUGGACUUUUCCUCCAAAGAAGUCAAAGAUCGUAUCAAGAGCAACGUGGAUGGGCGGUACCUGGUGGAUGGAGUCCCCUUCAGCUGCUGCAACCCCAGCUCGCCACGGCCCUGUAUCCAGUACCAGCUCACCAACAACUCUGCACACUACAGCUACGACCACCAGACGGAGGAGCUCAACCUGUGGGUGCGCGGCUGCAGGGUCGCCCUGCUGAGCUACUACAGCAACCUCAUGAAUUCCGUGGGCGCUGUGACGCUCCUCGUCUGGCUUUUUGAGGUGACCAUCACCGUCGGGCUGCGCUACUUGCACACGGCGCUGGAAGGCGUGGCCAACCCCGAAGACCCCGAGUGCGAGAGUGAGGGCUGGCUUCUGGAGAAGAGCAUUCCGGAGACCUGGAAGGCCUUUCUGGAGAGCGUGAAGAAGCUGGGCAAGGGUAACCAGGUGGAAGCCGAGGGUGUGGAUGCAGGCCAGGCCCCAGAGGCUGGCUGA